AUGGCGUCGUGUUCAGAGUUUUCCCAGAGGUCCUGUGAAGAAUGUCUAAAAAAUGUUUUGUGCCUUUGGUGUUACACCAACAACACUUGUAUUGAUUACCCUGUAAGAAGCAUUCUUCCAUCUUCAUUAUGUUCCUUGUCAAAUGCUCGAUGGGGAGUUUGCUGGAUAAACUUUGAGGCUUUAAUUAUUGCCAUAGCUGUAGUAGCUGGACUCAUUCUGGUGUCCAUAGCAGUCUGUUGCUGUUACUGCUGUUACUGCAGAAGGCGUUCCAGGAGUAGACCAGAUGAAGAAGAAGAACGGCUAGCUAGAAAGAGAGAGGAACGAAGACUACAGUCUCUUCAGAGGAAACAUGAAAGAAAACUGAAGCAUGAUGAAAUACGUAAGAAGUAUGGUCUUCUCCAGGAUUGUGAUAAUCCAUACAGCAGAUUUGAGAAUGAAUAAAGCUGAGCACCUUCCACUAGAGCUAUAACUCCAGAACACAGGAAGAUACUUUGUUUUCAUUUGCCCUUUGGGUUCUUUUUUCCCCAAAGUGUUCCCCCACCCCCCAGUUGUAAAACUAGGAGUGGAUAAAGACUUCAUGAAAUACCUGUUUCUGUCUUCUACCUAUAUAGAACUAAUUUUUUUAUAAAUACUUUUGAUUGUUGAAAUGUUUGCUGAUUUUU